AGCAGUCACAACAAACGGAACUAUCCCUUUUCUGUUCCAUGGAUUUUAGUUAUUGCCCUCAUCUAUGGGGACUCAAGAACCCUUUCCUCGAGCCUCCUAGAAGCCCUUAGCCAGCAUCCGUCCCUCAAAGGCUGUGGCCAGGACCCCACGGGCUGUGGACCAUGUACACCCACAGUAAGGUAGUGGGCCCAGGCUUGGGCACUUCCUCCACCUCUCAGGACCACGCUGGAGCUGGGAAGCACAAGGAGCUGGGCCUGCAGCAAAACCGGAGACAGAGUUUGGAGAUGGCAGCUCCUGAGGGCCAUAAGAUGGAGAAGCAGGGGCAUGCUGACGGGAGGAGCACGGGCACAUACACCUUGAUAGCCCCGAAUGAGAGCCGGAGGCAGAAGAUACAGAGAAUUGCUGAGCAAGAACUGGCAGACCUGGAGAGGUGGAAGCAACAGAACCAGGCAAAACCAGUCCACUUGGUGCCACAACGGCUGGGUGGAAGCCUGUCUGAGGCUGAAGUCAGGCAGAAACAACAGCUGCAACAGAUGCGAUCUAAAUACCAGCAAAAGCUAAAGAGGGAUGAAUCUAUUCGAAUCAGGAAGGAAGCUGAGGAAGCUGAGCUCCAGAAAAUGAAGGCAAUCCAGAGGGAGAAGAGUAAGAAACUAGAGGAAAAAAAGCAACGUCAAGAAGACAUCAGAAGAGCCACAUUUCGAGAGCAUCACCAGUCCAAAACUGCUGAGCUCUUGAGCAGAAUGGACACAGACCGGAAAAACAGAAGUGCCUGUCAGAUUGCUCCUCCUGCUGCCCAGUCCUCAAGAUGGGCUGGUAGCCAAGCCCACAAGGAUUCUCCACAGAAGGAAGACAACCAAAAAUGGCAAAAGGCAAGGGACCGACAUCAGAAGAAUAAAUUACUGGAGACUAAAGGACAACACCAGGAGGAAGAACGAGCCCAAACCCAUCGAGCUGAGCACCGGAGGGUAAAUAAUGCUUUUCUGGACCGACUCCAAGGCAAAAGUCAACCAGGUGGCCUCGAGCAGUCUGGAGGCUGUUGGAAUAUGAAUAGUGCCGACAGCUGGGGUAUAUGAGAAAUCGUCACUUCCAUCUCGCCUUCAUCAGCUGACCUUUGAAAACCCCUCAUGAAAUGUGUCUCCUUAAUGCAGUUCCAUUUCACAUCUGUCUUAAUUCCUUCAUUUCAACUGCCCACCCAGUCAACCGAGCUGUUGUAGGUGGCCCGUUUUUCUCUGACACUGGUGAUGUGUUGACUCUCAGAGACUGAUUACUGACCUCUACUGCCAGAAAAAUGUUACCUUUCCCCCCUAAUUUGCCUUGUCUUUUACUAAAUGGUUAAGUGGAAAAAUGUUAAUAAAAUGGUAAAAGAAAAUCACGUGACAUUCAGGGUCGGAAGAGCUUAGAGGCCAUAGGUUUGUGUCUCUAAUUGACUAAUUUUUUCUGCACUAAUUCUUACAGCAGGUUUACGGAUAUUUGGGGGUCUUUUCAAAUACCUACUUUUUAAAAUCUAGGCUACAAAUGUGACUCAAAGAAGAUCUCUUAUACUUUUAUAGACAAAUUUAUAAACAAAUUCUGAACUACUUCUAUAUAAAUGAGUCAUUUUUAACAUAAUAGUUUUAUUAAAAAAUUGGGAAUUUCACAUAAUUCAUCCUAAUUACCCUUACUUCCCAGUCCUUGCAGGUCUACCCCACUAUCCUUGUGGCCUCCCCUCAAAAAAUAAAAAAUAGAACAAA